AUGUCCAACGUAUUCAAGGAGUCUAACGCCCAGCCCACCGCCGCGCCCUCGUUCCUUCAGAAGAAGGGGCUGCUGGGAGGGAAGGGGCUUGGAUCGACCAUGUCGCCCACGGAUAACUUUAUGAGCCCCAUUUCGGCCAAGCUCAACGGAGCGAAGCAGCGCCACUUCCAGAAGGGCAAGCCCGUCUCGCUCGCGUCCAAGCUGAGCUCGCUCGGCAACACUGCUACUCCCACCGAGAAGAAGGACACGCCGCUCUAG